UGUUAUUUGUUAGAAAUUCUUGUCGUUCGUUUGUUUUUUUCUAUCAAAAUUUUUUUUUCGUUUUCGUUUCGACACUCCUCCGGCAAAAAGACACCCAAAAAAUUCAAUGUUUAGCUAAGCAAAUCAACAAGCAGUGAAGCUCGCUCUUGCAGUGCAGUGCAGUGUCCAGGAAAGGUGACCCACGUGAAUUAUGUGACAGCAGCAGCGCCGGAUCAGGGGCCACAGCGCACGGUAACAGCUCGACCCAAACAGCCAACAGCCAACUGAUUUCCCAUAUUGCCCCCAACCCAACUGCCACCACCCCCCGCCCGCCCAGAUCUCUCUUCUUUCAGCAUAGAUAGAUAGAGGCCAGUGGAACCAGCAAUCAAUUUGGCUAAUAGUCCAACAUGGCCAUACACGAGCAGAUCGACAAUUUGAACAUCUGGUGGUUCCCGCGCGACUUCUGCCAGUCGCGCUUCGGCGAGUUUCAGCAGAGCGGCACCAAUUCGUGCACCUUGAUCUCGCUCAUACUCGCCGACAAGGUGGCCAAGGCGGAGAGGUUCUAUCAUCGGGUUGCGGAGCUGCCACCGCGUGGCUGGGAGAUCUUUGGCAAUGCUAUGAACGAUGGCAACAGUGUUUAUCACAAUGUUAUUACGGCCCACACGCCGAUGGCUCGCAAUUUAAAUCUGAAUAUACCCGAUGCCAUAUCGGCGAUACGUUCGCAGCACAAGAUGAACUUUCGGCUGGAGGAGUGGUUCUAUACGCACAUGGAGGCUGAUCCCACCACUCCCAUGUACAAUCGCAAUGUGGCCAUGCAGCUGUCGCGCAUCUUCCAGAUCACUCUGCAGGUUUUUCAGCAGGCCGCUGGCAGCAACAGGGACAUGCCAUCGAAUCUGUUUGCCGCCAUCAUUGCGGACAGUCGCACGGUCAUGAUGACCUUUGACUUUCGCGCCUCCAUAGUGGCGCUCUUCGAUUCGCAUCAGCAUGGCCGCGAUGCGGGCGCCGUCUUUGCCCAGUGCACCAUACAGAAUAUCGAUGAUUUGCUAUUCUGGUUCAUCAGCAUGCUGCACAAUGUCUACUCCAGCCGGCCCGCCCUCUUCGAGAUCUCAUUUCUAAGCUCGCAGCCGGGCGUGGCCAAGCGCAUACCGCCGGCCAUCAAGAAGAUUGCGAAUGACAUCAAGAAGCCCUCAAAGAUACACUAGACGCUGUCAAUUGAUAAGCUCCCAUAGCUAAGAUCUGCGGCACGCGCAGCAGCAAAAGAAGCAGCAGAGCUAAUGCUAAAUCGUUUGGGCUAACAAAUUUCAGGCUGAGUCUUGGUUCGAAAAAUUAUAAGCAAAUUAAAUUAAAAAAGUAAAUUCAAUAAAUUUCUAAUAAC